AUGCGCCAGCGCCAGACGCCCCCGAGCAAGUGCUGCAUCUUAUUGUCAACGCCUGCCCCCUACGAUCCCGCCGACUCCCGUUCUCCAAAUCCAGCUUCUCCACUCAAGUGCGACAUGUCACUGAGCACAGGCACCGGCAGCUACACGACAGCAACAGACGACGGCGGCAACGGCACCGACCUGAACUCAUUUCUCGUCCCAUCCUCAGGACCGCCGCCUUUUUAA